AUGGGCCAGGGGUCCAAUAUUCCUGUUUUGGCUAACCUUACAUUUGAUGAAGUUCACAGUCAACUGGGAAAUUCAAACAAGCCAUUGAAUUGUAUGAACUUAGAUGAAUUGGUCAAAAAUUUUCUCUCUCCUGAUGAAGAAUAUCAAUCCAUCAAAAACCUAGCAUCAUCUUUUUCUUAUUCUUCGACAUCGUCGUCAUCAUCAUUAGUCUUUCGGGGGAACUUCAAUUUGAAUGGGACACAUAGUAGAAAAACCGGGGAUGAGGUCUGGGGGGAAAUUAUUCACGACGAAAGUGUCUUAAAUCCUCAGCUGUUGAGGGCAGUUGCUCCAACGGUUGUGGUGGCUGCACAACAGGAAGACUGGUUUAAGUUACCAAUGCAAUCAGUGGAUUUGAAUUUCCAGGUGGGAAUUGAGAAUCGACCUCUGGAAUCACCAAUGCCAAUUGUGCCACGAUUUUCGUUGGAUUCUCAGGUGGGUUUUCUAAACAAAUGCUCAUUUAAAGAUGAGAAGAUGGAGAAGACCAUUGAGAGGAGGCAGGAAAGGAUGAUGAAGAAUCGCGAGUCGGCUGCUAGAUCAAGGGCAAGGAAGCAGGCUCACACCAAUCAAUUGGAGCACAUGGUGUCUCUCUUGAGGAGAACAAACAAUUGGCUCAAAAAGAAGAAGGAAAUCAACAAGUUAUUGUCUUCACAUUCAACUUCCAAGCCCAGAUUCCAGCUGCGACGAACAAGCUCCUCACUAUUCUAG